UCAAACCUCACUACAACAUUCAAGUUUGGAGCUGAAAACACUCAGCUUGCUUGGACAGCAGGAGCUACUGAGAUCACUGUUAUCCAUCGUUGGGAAUUUAUUUUUCUUUUCUGCUAACAUCAGAUCAGAAUUCCUGCUUUUAUCCUUGCCAUCUUUUUAUUUCCGGGACAAACGACCAGAAAAAAACUCCUGCAAUUGUCUUUAAUUUAGCUAACUUUGUAUCAUCAUCACAAGGUGGUCUUUUGCUGGAAUGAAUAUAUCUGAGUCUAGUUAUUGUCCAGAGGCCAGCACUCAGCCCAGCCAGGUUGUGGAGUGUGGAGCAUGGGUUGCUUCGUCAUCUUCCAGCCCAGUAGGUCCUGAGCGGAGCCGUCGGUUUGAUCAUGAAGCAGGUGGUGGAGUGAAGGAGAGGAGAACAGGAAGCCCGGAUUCAAGCCAACCCAGUGAGGGAAAGUGUGGGGCCGAGCCGAGGAUCCGCAGGCCCAUGAACGCCUUUAUGGUGUGGGCUAAAGAUGAACGCAAGAGACUGGCUUUGCAGAAUCCAGAUCUGCACAACGCCGUGCUAAGCAAGAUGCUAGGUCAGUCCUGGAAGGCUCUGAGUACGCUGGACAAGCGUCCCUUCGUCGAGGAAGCCGAACGUCUCCGGUUGCAACAUCUCCAUGACCAUCCCAACUAUAAAUACCGGCCUCGGCGCAAAAAGCAACCCAAAAAGAUGAAGCGUGUAGAGCCUGGUCUGCUUCUCCAUGGUCUAGGUGGAUGCUCUGGGAGUGGAGAUGCCUACCCCCAGCACCCCCAUCCCCACCACCUUGGCAUGGCACCUUUGGGCCAUUUCCGAGACCUUCACCCAGGAUCUGGUGCACAGGACCUGGAGAUCUAUGGCCUUCCCACGCCUGAGAUGUCUCCUCUGGACGUGCUGGAGGAGGGUGGAGGAGACUCAGUCUUUUUUCCCCCUCACAUGCAGGAUGAUGUGGGCUUGGCACCUUGGGUCAACUACCACCAGCACCAACAGCAAAGCCAAAGCCAUCACUCUAACCAUCAUCCCCCAAAUAUUCACUCUCUCCACCAGUCCCACCCCCACCUCAACCAGAAACCUGCCGCAGGUUGCCGGUCCAUGCAGGAGAAAUGCUCUGACCCUACGAACCCUCACAAUCUCUUCCCUUCCCAUUCCAGUAUAAGUCUCCCAGAACAAGCUAAGGUCCCACAACCCUCUAGCGUUCCACUUCAAGGUGUUUACUACGGGCAUAUUUAUGGAAACACCCCACAGCAGCCUUUCACCUCUCAACUUGGCCAACUUUCUCCUCCUCCAGAAUCUUCCACCACGGUUCCUACUCCCUCUGCCCCCCAGGUUCCACCACCUUCCCUGGACAAUAAUGACCACCUAGGACCUACGGCAGAUUUCUGGAGCGAAGUGGACCAUCAUGAGUUCGAGCAGUAUUUGAGUGCCAGCAGGACUCGAGUAAACAGGAGCGGUGCAUGUGAAGAGAGCAGCACUCUCAUAUCAGCCCUGUCUGAUGCCAGCAAUGCUGUCUAUUACAGCGCCUGUAUUACUGGAUAAAGACAUUGCUCUAGAUUUAAAAUCAGGUGUAUAUGAUUAUUUUUUUUGUACAACACUAUCUGUUCGUUCGAUCGACUGCGUCGGCCUGAUUUUAAAAUUUCAUCCUAGGUGUCAAGUGUCAUUUCAGAUGUUUAGGAAAUUGAGUAUUCAGAGGGGUUUUUUUAUUUAGACGUUGCAUAAGAAUACGUAUACAUUACAGACUACAGAAAAAGUGAACCUCUUAUAAAAGGCUUUAUGACAUAGUUCUCAAGGCCACAGACAAUUUGUCAACAGACUCCAUUCAGCUCCAGUCUUCAUAUAUAUAUAUAUAUACCAGUCAAAGCAACGUUCGUAUCAAAUGAGGCUCCAAAAGCAGGGACAAUAAGAAUGUGAAUGUUUCAUUUUCUCAGAGGGUUUUGUAUUUUCAUAUUUGUUUUUAUAUAUAAUUUUUUUUUAUAUAUAAUUGUUCAAAAAAAAAAAAAAAAAAAAAUAUAUAUAUAUAUAUAUAUAUAUAUUAUGUUUGCACUGGGUCAGAAUGUUUUGAACUGUAUGAGAAACCACUCGAAGCUCCUUAAUUCUGCACUUGAUGUCUCUCAAGCAAAUGUUCAUGAAAGAGACCGCAAAAAAUAAAAAAUCAUCUCUGGAAUUUGGAUCUCUUGAAGACUGUAAUUUAUUGUGUAUUUUCUUGCCGUAUGACUGAAAAGGUCAUUUUAGUAUAUAUGUAUUUUAUUAAUCCUCUGUAAAUGUAUUCUGUAAUCCUCUGAGUCAGCAACUGAGAGACAUGUUGAGUUAGUAAUAACUUUCCAGCUUUUGGUAGUAAUUAUCUUCAAAUAGAAGUGUUUUCAAUAAAAUAAAAGGAGAAGUCUCUCAGCCAUUAAAUCAAAAAGAAGUAAUUGGAAACACACGAUUCAUUUCAUAGAAUCAUUUUCCCACACUGACGAGGACAUAUGCAUUUUGAUUUUAUACAUGUGAAUAGUUUUUGUUCUUGCAUUUCAAGUCUUCAAAAUGCAUUUGUAUCGCACAGCCACACAUUUCACCGAGUAUUUUUCCGAAAAAUAAAGGCUUCAAACAUGCAAGGCUCAUGAG